UUGUCAUAAUAUUUUAUUCAAUAGAAAGAGAAUUAGAAAUAAUAAAAUCUUAAGCCCCUCAACUCAAAUAUUUAUUUAUCUAUUCAUAAUCAGAUUCUGUCUAACAUACAGUUUUACAGGAAUUUUUAAAAUGGAAACACAACAAUUACUGAUAGUGUUAUGUGGAUCUGUGGUGUUGUCCUUUGCAUAUCUCACCAAUUUUUUACUUCUACAUCCAAGAAAAUUAAGAUCAAAACUUCAAAGCCAAGGAAUUAAGGGACCUUCUUCACCAUCUUUUUUUCUCCAUGGAAAUAUCAAGAAACAGGCAACCCCAGAAGAAAACAACAAUCAAGAAUUAGAACAAAACAAACAUACAUGGCCUUUCAGAGUGUUUUCACAUAUAAAACAGUGGCAAAUUGAAUAUGGAUCAAUAUUCAUGUACUCAUCUGGAACUACACAGAUACUAUGUGUAACUGAUGCAGAUAUGGUGAAAGAGAUAUCUUUGAACCAGGGAAAACCAUCUUACUUAUCCAAAGAUCAUGGUCCUCUUCUAGGCCAAGGCAUUUUCUCUUCAAAUGGACCUUACUGGGCUCAUCAGAGAAAGAUCAUUGCCCCUGAAUUCUAUCUCAACAAGGUUAAGGAGAUGGUGAAGCUGAUGGUUGAAUCCACCAGUAAAAUGAUGGAAUCAUGGGAUGAGAGAACAAGAAAUUCAGAAGGAAAAUCGGAGGUUAAGGUGGACGAUGAUCUCAAGAGUUUGACAGCAGAUAUAAUCUCAAGAGCUUGUUUCGGAAGCAGCUAUGCUGAGGGGGAACAAAUCUUCCUAAAACUUCAAACUCUUCAAAUGGUUAUGUCCAAAGUUCCCAUUGGAGUUCCUGGAUUGAGGCAUAUUCCAAGUAAACAUAACAGGGAGAUAUGGAGAUUGGACAAAGAGAUUAAAGCAAUGAUAUUGAAGAUAGUACGAGCACAGAGAAGCCCUACUUAUGAGAAAGACCUUCUGCAAGUGAUACUUGAUGCUGCUAAGAGUUAUGAAGAGAAUGGUGGUGACUGGCUACCAGCUGACGUUGCUGCUGAAAUGUUCAUUGUCGAUAAUUGUAAAAGCAUAUACUUUGCUGGCCAUGAGAACACUGGUCUCACAGCAUCAUGGUGUUUGAUGUUACUAGCUGCUUAUCCAGAAUGGCAAGCUCGUGCCCGUGCUGAGGUGCUUGAUGUGUGUGGUAGUAAGUUGCCAAAUGAUUCUAUGCUUAGACAAAUGAAAGUGCUGACAAUGAUCAUCCAUGAAACGUUACGUUUGUACCCCCCAGUAGCGUUUGUGGUGAGAGAAGCAUUGCAGGAUAUAAGUUUUAAGAGAAUUGAGAUCCCAAAAGGGACUAAUAUUGAGAUUCCAAUCCCAAUCCUGCAUCAGCAGCCUGAACUCUGGGGACCAGAUGCCUAUAAGUUCAAUCCAGAAAGAUUUGCCAAGGGCAUUGCAAAGGCUUGCAAAGUCCCAAGUGCUUAUAUACCAUUUGGCAUAGGGAGUAGAACCUGUGUGGGACAAAAUUUUGCGAUGAUUGAACUGAAGGUGAUUGUAUCGAUGAUUUUGUCUAGGUUUACAUUUUCGUUGUCACCAGGAUAUCAACACAGUCCUGUUUCUAGAUUAGUAUUAGAACCUGAGCAUGGCAUCUAUCUGUACCUCCAAAGAGUUUGACAUUAUUUCUCUUCUUUGAUAUUUGUUGAUGCCUGUAAAUUGUAAUCUAUUAAGUUUAAUUGACCUAAGAAAAGUUGAAUGAGUAGUUCUUCAGUCA